AGUGCCAAACCUUGUAAUUUUAUUUCGCUAAAAAUUGCAUCUGCUUUCAGACUACUGCAGCCUCUGAGAAUUACAGAAAGCGAAGGUAUGUACUCCGUCCGAUGUAAUGAUACUAGUGCCAUGUACAUAUAUGGUUUUGGUCGGACAGAUAAAAAAAACCAUUUAUUUUUUCCUCGGAACUAAAAGAAGGAAAAACAAUCGGCGACCUAACCACUUGCUUAUUCCCGUGAGGGGCCACAGGGCCAACGGUGAUGAUUGGGCGAGGCCUAUAAAGCCCCUGCGCCCAUCUCUCACGCCAACGCAGACCGACACAACAGUGCAGGCCGCAAAGCAAUCACGGCCGUCCAAGCAAGCCGCCUCCUCCUCCUCCUUACCAAGCCAAAGUCUUCUUCUGCUUUCUUUUCCCCUCGUGCUGCUCGCGGUUUGGCAUUGUCUCUCUAGAGUCUAGACUCUAGAGUCUCCUCUUGCUCUCUUCUCGUCCGCCAUUGAUGGGGUGCAAGGCGUGCCAGAAGCCCAAGGUGCACUACCGGAAGGGCCUGUGGUCGCCGGAGGAGGACCAGAAGCUCCGCGACUUCAUCCUCCGCUACGGCCACGGCUGCUGGAGCGCCGUCCCCGUGAAGGCCGGGCUGCAGCGUAACGGCAAGAGUUGCAGGCUGAGAUGGAUCAAUUACCUGAGGCCGGGGCUGAAGCACGGCAUGUUUUCCCGAGAGGAAGAAGAAACCGUCAUGAACCUGCACGCUACAAUGGGCAACAAGUGGUCACAGAUAGCGCGGCAUCUGCCUGGCCGGACGGACAACGAGGUGAAGAACUACUGGAACUCGUACCUCAAGAAGCGAGUCGAAGGCGCGGAGGCUGCGGCCAGAAAAUCCGCCGAGCCGGCCGACGUCGUCACCGGCAGCCCGAACCGCAGCGAGACCGGCCAAGAACGCGUCGCCGCUGACCGGCCGGCGAGCUCCGAGUCUUCCGGGCCGGUCGAGUCGUCGUCGGCCGACGACUCGAGCAGCCUCACCGAGCCCGCGGCGGGGCUCGCCGCCGUCCGGCCGCACGCGCCCGUGAUCCCCAAGGUCAUGUUCGCCGACUGGUUCGACAUGGACUACGGGACUAGCCUCGCCGGGACGGCGCCGGGCCUGAGCUACCAGGGCUCGUCGUCGGUGCAGGUCGACGUCCCGUGCGGCGGCGCCGUGGACUCCCUGCACGGGCUGGGCGACGGCGGCUUCUGCUGGGACUUCGACGACGCGGCCGAUCACAUGCAGGGAGGAGGAGGGCUCUGCGACCUGCUCUCCAUGAGCGAGUUCCUCGGCAUCAACUAGGCGGGAGCGUACGCUCUUUCUUCCGUACAGUUCGUCGCCGAAGUGUAAAUUCGUCAGUUUCUUUUUUUUCCCCCUCUUUUUCAGAGGUGUAAAUCGUGCCGUGCAUGUGUAGUAGUUAAACUUACUGGCUUGUAGUGUUGAGUUUGGACUUCGAAGCCAUGAGUUGUGCGUCGAAGUACAGUCUUAGCUUUCUCUUCAUAAGGUUCGUGACUUCGUGUAUACAGCUCUGGUUUUCCGGAAAACGGUUCAGAAAGAAUAACAGAAACAGAGCGUCACAAUUGCACGGUUUUCA